AUGGCUACUCAAUCAACAUCAUCCAAUCCUCUAGAAGCAAACUCCCCGGGAAAAAAACCAUACCGACAACAAAAUAAUGCCGGAAUUGUGCUGCUUGACGAAUUGGAUCCAGAUCAGAAUAAAGCAGAUGUAGAACAUAUCAACGACGAGGAGCUGGACUUUGGUGACGUUGAAUACGAGAACAUGGAGUUUAGAAAUGCACCAACUGAUAUGGAUCCGGGAAACUGA